CUGCGACGAGGGGUGGAGCGAAUGACUGCCUAUAUAACAUUCAGCAUUUCUAUUGGCCAGUGUCAGAAAAACCCCGCCUUCGAGACGGCUUCAACCUAUGGGAGUGCACCGUCCAUCAUUUAAACUAGAUAUAAACUUCUGUUUGGUCAACGAUUAACGCAGCGCCAGUUUUGAACGGCGCCCGUCUGGUGUGGAAGUCGCUCUUGUGUUUGUCGCUGGGGUUACGGCUGAAGAUGACGGUUCCCUCUCCGGAGGAGUUAGACUCCUUCAAGUACAGUGACCUGCAGAGUUUAGCCAAGAGUCUGGGGCUCCGGGCUAACCUGAAGGCAGAGAAGCUGCUAAAGGCCUUGAAAGCCCACCUUAAACAGGAAGCAGAAAAAGAAAAGGAGACUCAGGCUGAAUGCCAGACGUCCACAACCACCCGUGACAAGAUCCAGCUUGGAGCUGAGGAGCCAGCAGCUGGGGAGCUGUCCAGCCACAUCACCAAAAUGAGGGGACGGCGCAAGACAGCCUACAGGAGCCCCGAGGUCCAGCACGAUCAUUCAGAGAGAGCAACAAGUGAUCCCAGUGAGCACCAGAAUGCAGAUGAGCCUGAAGCUCAGAGUCUGGGGACUGCCGCAGAAGGGCUCCCUGUGCCCCACGAGCACAGAGAUGAAGAUAAAAGCAUUCUUCCCUCAGGAGGCACCCACGUGAAUGGGAACGAAGACUCACAGGUGCCUUCUGGAGGAAAGGCCUUCUGCGGAGAGUUUUCCAAACCAGGAAAAACUAAAAGAGCUGCAGUCACUACUCCAAACUUUAAGAAGCUGCAUGAGGCUCGUUUUAAGGAGAUGGAGUCUAUUGAUCAGUACAUGGAGAGAAAAAGGAAACAUUUUCAACAACACAAUUCAUUGAAUGAACUGAAGCAGCCCGUCAGUAAGAGAGGGGCAGUGACUCCAGUUCCUCAGCGAGCCACAGCCCUUGUGACCUGUACCCCCAGCAGUCAGCGGCGGCGCUCCAGAGGCCAGUCUCACGGCCCUGCAGGCCAGAGUGCCUUAUGUCUCAAGGGGUCUGCCAAGCGCUCCACUCUCUCAGCAACUAAAAUGAACGUCAGGUUUUCAGCAGCUACUAAAGAUAAUGAGCAUAAGCGUUCACUGACCAAGACUCCUGCCAGAAAGUCUCCCCAUGUGACCACGUUUGGGAACACCCCAAAAAGCCAGGCUGUGCUCGGAACACCCAAGUUAAAGACCACCAAGAGGACUUCUGUUGCUGUUAUUACCCCACUCAAGUCGACAACUAUGGCAAUGCAGACUCCAAUCUCCAAUAAGAAACCUGUGUUUGAUCUCAAAGCAAGUCUAUCUCGACCUCUCAAUUAUGAGCCGCACAAAGGGAAGCUGAAACCAUGGGGCCAAGCUAAAGAAAAUAAAUCUCUGAGUGAAUGUGGAAACAGAGUUAGCUUCCACAAGAAAACUUAUAAACAACCACAUCUUCAGACCAGGGAAGAACACCGGCAGAAACAUGAACUGGAACGGAAGGAGAAGAAAGCGAAGGUUUUGGAAGCACGACGGGGCCUCAGCGUGGCUUAAGAUUAAUAAUUUUUGCAUAUCCUGUAAAUAUUCCUUAUUUUGCAUUUGUUUUCUUUUGUAAAUAUUUCUGUACUGUUUUCUAACUCAAAACAUCCCUCAACAAUCUCUGUAGUGUCCAGGAA